AUGGGAGACUACAAGGGUGCGGCGGCGACGGGCCCGAGCGUCGUCAUCGUGGGUGCGGGCGCGGGCGGCGUUGCGCUCGCAGCUCGUCUGGCGGCGGCGGGUUGCAAAGUGACGGUGGUGGAGAAGAAUGGGUUUUCAGGUGGCCGAUGCAGUUUGAUUCAUCGUCGAGGAUACAGAUUCGAUCAAGGCCCCAGUCUCCUCCUGCUGCCGCGCUUUUUCCACGAGACAUUCCACGACCUGGGCACGUCGCUCGAGGCCGAGGGCGUGCAGCUCGUCAAGUGCGAGCCCAACUACAAGGUGCAUUUCCACGAUGACACGACGUUUGAGCUCUCAACCGACAUAUCCGUCAUGAAGGGCGAGAUUGAGCGCUUCGAAGGCACCGCGGGCUUCGAGCGCUACCUGUCGUUUCUGCAGGAGAGCCAUCGGCACUACGAGGUUUCCGUUAUUUACGUGCUGCGCCGCAAUUUCUACUCGCUGCGUAGCAUGGCCCGUUUGGACUUUUUGCUGCAUCUGUUUGAACUCCAUCCUUUUGAGAGCAUCUGGUACCGUGCGAGCAAGUACUUUUGGACGGAGCGCCUCCGCAGAGUGUUUACCUUUGCGAGCAUGUACAUGGGUAUGAGUCCGUUUGAUGCGCCCGGCACGUAUAGUUUGCUGCAGUAUACAGAGCUUGCAGAGGGGAUUUGGUACCCGAUUGGCGGGUUCCACAAGGUCGUCGAGCGGCUCGUCAGUGUGGGCGAGCGCCUGGGCGUCAAGUACAUGUUCGACAGUCCGAUCCGGGAAAUCUCAUUAUCAGAGGAUGGAAAGCGCGCAACGGGCGUGGUCUUUGAAGACGCAGCCAAAGCCCCCCUGACAGCAGACAUUGUCGUGUGCAACGCCGACCUCACCUACGCAUACAACAACCUCCUGCCUGCAUCCUCGUACUCGCGCUCUCUGCUCAAGCGCAAGGCCUCAAGCUCCAGCAUCUCGUUUUACUGGGCGCUAGACCGCCAGUUCCCCGAACUCAGCGCCCACAACAUCUUCCUCGCAGAGGACUACAAGGAAAGCUUCGACAGCAUCUUCAAGCAGCACCUGAUCCCCGACCAACCCAGCUUCUACGUCAACGUGCCCUCGCGCGUGGACCCCAGCGCCGCGCCCCCCGGCUGCGACUCCAUCGUCAUCCUGGUGCCCGUCGGCCAUCUGCAGGAUUCGACGACAAACGCACACAAAGGCUCCAAGCACACGCAGGGCCUCACACAAGACUGGGACGCCAUGGUGGCCUCGGCCCGCGAAACCAUGCUCAAAGUCAUGCAAGCCCGGCUGAAAAUCAAUCUCGCACCCCACAUCAUCGACGAAGCCAUCAACACGCCUCCAACGUGGAAAUCAACCUUCAACCUCGACCGCGGCGCCAUCCUCGGCCUCAGCCACUCCUUCUUCAACGUCCUGAGUUUCCGCCCAAAGACCAAACACGCGUCCAUCAACGCCCUGUACUUUGUCGGCGCAAGCACCCAUCCCGGAACCGGCAUCCCAAUUGUCCUUGCUGGCGCCAAAAUCGUCGCAGAGCAGAUUCUGCGUGCGUGUGCACUGCAGCACCGUGUCCCCUGGAAACCCGCGCCCGAUACCCCCAGGGUAGCGUCGAGUAGCCCGUUGGAUCGCACGCAAAACGGCCCGUAUCUGAGCUGGCUUGUGUGGAUUCUACUUAGUGUCGCCAUGGCGGUUGUGCUGGGCGCGGGUAUGGGCGCGUGGAGGUAUACAGAGGGUGCUGGGUUUGCGGGGGAUUGGUAG